UGUUCAGCUCGAACUCUACAUGUCAAUGACCCUCCUUAUGAUGACUACUUUUACUCAGACUGCCACGUCGAUGCCCAAGCCGUCGUCACCAGCCCCCUCUCGGACAGCAAUCUAUCCAUCAUUGGCCCUAGAUUCAUCGUCGCUUGGCCGGCUGGUAAUAGUGGCAUCUGCACAUACUUCCAACCACAGAAUGGCAAAAACGGCACACUCGCUAUUGAGCUUGUCAAUUCUACAUUAGGGACUCCAUUAGGCCCCAUCAACAGCAGAAUAAGAGGGUCUCCUAACCCCGUUGUCGGUGUCGAGGGCGUGCUCUCAUUCAAUAACUCGGCUGAGCUUUCUCUCGCCAUCUUGGGCAGCAUAAACAACAUACUCGACUUCAUAGAGGGAGGAAGUACUCUCACUCCCGUUAUUCAACGUGGCAUCAAUGUCACUAGAUUUCAGAACAAUGGUGCUCAAAUAUCGCGGCUAUGGCUAGACAAUGUCACGACUUCGACGCUCACACUCGUGCCUUGGAACAAUAACGAUGCCCGGGUCCGAAUUAACGGCACAAAGCUAAAAUUCGGCUCCGGCUUCUACCACUUCUCAGCCUCAUACAAUUACCCUCAACUCAAGCAAUUGUCACCAAGUCAGACGCUGAACAACCAGUCCCAAAGCCUUGUCCAGCAACAGCCCGCGACGGUCGGAUCCCUCUCCUUCUUGUCAUACUCUGAGAAACUCAUUGCAGGAGGAUGGGGGUCUUUCAUAUACUCUGGCCGUGACAGUCUCCUCACAGGACUCCUGCUUUCAAAUGUCCUGAGCACCGAUGCUAUGGAGACUGUCAUCGGAGCUGCGCUUGAACGAAUCAACCGCACAGACGGGUCUGUUUGCCACGAAGAACAAAUUGGCGACUAUGCGACACUUGUGAAUAUGCAAAACGGCCUCACGUCCACGGCUCCUUCGUGCACAUAUGAAAUGAUUGACACGGAUUACUUUCUUCUUAUUCUGCUGGAGCGAUACUUUGGCACGGCCAAGCCGGAGCGAAUCCAAUCGCUGCUACAGACAAAAGCUGGCAGCGUUAAUCCCAAUAACAAGAAUCUGACCUGGGGUGAUCUGAGUUACACCACUGCGAGCAAAAUCAUGAACGCUACGGCGCCAUUUGAGCAAGCCCAAACAGUCAAAAACCUCAUCGCCUUCAAGCCAGGCGAAAACGUAGGCCAAUGGCGCGACUCUAAAUAUGGAAACGCCAACGGCCGCAUUCCAUUCGACGUCAACACCGCUCUAGCACCAGCUGCUUUGUAUGCAAUUUCCAAAUUGGCAAACAUGUCUGGUAUAUAUCCCAACAACUCUGAAACCAGCGACUGGGUCGCAAUCGCUGCACGAAGGGCAAAAGUGUGGGAAGACAAUACGCUGCCGUUCUUCCAGCAUAGCAUUACGACUGACACGGCCGUGUCGCGGCUGGAGCAGUAUACGCACCAGAGCACAUUCUACAAGGGCCCGACUCAUGGCGAUUCGGUGACCAAGUUUUCAAGCAAUGGCACAAUCAUAGACUAUGGAUUAUCCAUCCAUAGCGUCGAUACACCAGACAUCAUCCCAAUCUCUCACACAGACUCUGCAUGCCGCCAUUAUCUACUCAACUCGACAAACGAUGAACAGCUCACGACGUUUAUAAACGCCACUGCAAACGCAAUCCUGCGUCCGUUCCCUGCCGGUCUGUCCACUCCACUCGGUCUUGUUGUUGCAAAUCCGUCUCUGUCCAACGAUAGCACCCUCUUUAAAAACUUUACAAACGCUGCCUACCACGGCACUGUCGUGUGCGGCUGGCAACUAGCGUUUGCAGCAAGGGGUUUGGAGAAGCAACUCGGGCGAUGUAAUGCGACGGACGGGACGACGCCUCCCGCGUUCUGCAAUGACGAGAGUGUAUAUAACGCGUUGAGAGAUGCGUACAACAAACUGUGGGAUCAAAUCGAACAAAACGAAUCGCGG